AUGUCUUCUGCUUUUGCAACGCCUGUCAUUAUUUUAGCACUCGCAUUAUGUGGUUAUGGAUUCCCACAAGCGCCUGCAAACAAAUUAGACGACAUUGCGUCUACUGGGAACCUGACUUAUUCAGAAUUACUAUUUAUACUAAAAACGAGACACGGUAUACAAGAACAGCCACCAAAGGCACUGUCGCCUUGUGCAAGAGCGAUUAUUGCGUGUUGCAAUGAUAGCAAAGUAAUUAAUGAAUAUUGUUCUGAAACAUUGCGAUGUGGUGCAUUCUUUUUUUGA